AUGAAGGUCAGUGAAGGUCGGAAGCCCGUGUUCGGGGGAUGCUUCAACACCAUCGAUCCUCGCUACCUCGACAUGUUCGCUAGCGUUUCAGGCAACAGGGUUACAGUGUACAAGUGCGAGCCUGGAGGUGCAACGAUCGUCGUGCAACUAUUCGUCGAUGAAAAUAAGGAUGAGUCGUUUUACACGGUGGCAUGGAUGAGAGGGCAGCAAGGGCGGCCGCUGUUGGCAGCUAGUGGCAGCAGCGGGGUGAUUCGGAUCAUUGACUGCUGGAGAGAGACAGUUGUUCAUAGUUUCAAAGGCCAUGGCGGGGCAGUGAACGAGGUGAGGGUGCAUCCCACCCACCCCGCGCUGCUGCUCUCAGCCGGAAAGGACGAGUCGCUACGGCUGUGGAACACGGACACGGGGGUGUGCGUGGCCAUCAUGAGCGGCACCGACGGGCACCGAAAUGAAGUGCUCAGUGCGGACUUCCAUCCCGGUGACCAGGCAAUCAUCGCCAGCUGUGGCAUGGACAGCAGCAUCCGUGUGUGGAGCCUGCAAGAGUGCUGGCAUGUGGUAGACCAGUCCAACACCUGGACAGACGUCCCAUCCAAGUUCCCCACCAAGAUUCUACAGUACCCUCUCUAUGUGGUGUGUGACGUGCACACCAACUACAUUGACUGCCUGCGGUGGUAUGGCGACUUCGUGCUCUCUAAGAGUGUGGACAACGAGGUCAUUCUAUGGCGCUGGUGCCACAAGCCUGGCACUGAACCUGGCUCUGCCCACCCUACUGAGGGAGCUUUGGACAUUCUGCAGCGCUACCCAGUGCCGGACUGUGGCUUCUGGUUCAUCAAGUUCGAUCUUGACUACAUGGCCAACAUCAUGGCUAUAGGCAACUGUGUGGGCAAGGUCUAUGUGUAUGACCUGCAAUCCAGCCCUCCUAUUCUCCUCAGCACGCUUUCAAGAAAGGACUGUAAAACGCAAAUCAGACAAACGGCUGUGUCACAUGACGGCAGGAUAAUAAUGAGCUGUGAUGACGAUGGCUGGCUAUGGCGAUGGGACUUAAUGGCGGUUGAGGCCACGUCAUCCAUCCUGCAGUUCGCCACGUGGCAGAGCUCCGUUGACGUGUCGUUCUGGGAGAAGCUCGCGUCGCUGAAGGUCGACUCGCAAGGCCUGAAAGAGGAAGACGUGGCAAUCCAUGGAUUCUUCACGCCAUCCUCACACUCUCAGCUCCCCUCCUUCGUCUCCCUCUCCUCCGCCUCCUUCCCCCCUUCCCCUCCCCCACCUCCUCGGUUCCACCUCAUCCAACCGACUGAUACCACCCAUGCUACUGACGUCACCACUGCUGACGUCACCACUGAUUCUGGCGGCAGCAGUGAUAUCAGCACAGAUGCUACCAACAGCAAGAGCAGGAGCAGCAGCAGUGACGGGCGGAGUGCGGUAACCAGCGGUGACGGAAAUGCGGUGGUUACCACCACCAAUGAUGGCAGGAGCGUGGUGGCGGGAGUGCUGCGAAUUGCCAACACAGUGGAGUCGUUUCGAGCGUUUGACCGGCGGAAGAUGAUGGAGGGAGUGGCACAGCAGCUAUGGCAGGACAUGCUAUCCGGCAGGGCAGAAAAGCACCCGUCUCUCCUCAACGCAUUCUUUCUCCUCGUCUAUCCGGACAUCAAGCAUUGGCGCUUUCACUACGCCUUUGCCUUCCCCGCCCUCGCCCUCCCUUCCCCUGCCACCCUCGCCUCUCCCCCUCUCCCUGCAACUCAAGUCUUCUCUCCCCAACUGGCAGAGGCGAUCGAGAAGGAGUGUGAACGAUGGAGACAAGACGGUAAUGGGAGAGGGGCAAGGGAAGUGGAAGCAGCUGCGUUGACUGGCGAAGCUGAAGGUCCCAAGGGAGAGAAGGAGAAGGGAGAAGAGAGGGCAGUUACGGAAGACGAAGCAGCAGAGUCUGGGGAAGUGGAGGAGGGAAGUCAAGGAGAGAAAGGCGAUGACAACAGAAUUGGAGGAAUGGGAGCAGCAGACAGCGUUGCAGCAGCAGCAACCAUAGAAGGAGAAUCUGUGUCUGCAGCACCUCUAGUGGAGAGAGGCGCCCCGUUCUUCCUUCUCCAUAUAGACUCCACAAGCAUCACCACCAGCUCAACGCAGCCCUCAGUAACAGCACAUCCGUUAUCAGAGUACAGGCGGCUGGCAACUCAAAACGAAUCCCUCUCUUCCUCUUCUUCCUCCUCAUUGCCUCCGCGUCUCCUCGUCGCGUUCUUCGACCCCUGCCAUCUGCCCCUCUCCCCCGGCUGGCCCCUGCGCAACCUGCUUCUCCUGGCAUCCCUACGAUGGCAGGCCACGUCCCUCCAUGUGCUCUGCCUGCGGCAGCGCCACGGCCGCAUCAGCCUCCACCACUCGCUGCUGCUGCACGUUCAGAUAUCACCUCCCCCAGCUGAAUGGCUGAAUCCACUCACAGCACAUUCCACGUGUCCGUCCGCCACUGGCUGGGAGCUGAACGCCAAGGGGCGAACCGGGGCGCGGUGUGCUGACCUGGCGCCGCUGAUGGACCCUGCCAGGCUGGCAGACGAGGCGGCGUCGCUCAACCUGAAGCUGAUGAGGUGGCGCGUGCUGCCACAGCUGCAGCUGGAGCGAUUGAAUGCAACAAAAUGUUUGCUUCUAGGGGCUGGCACCCUUGGUUGCCAAUUGGCUCGCUCUCUCCUGGCAUGGGGCAUUCGUGACAUUACCCUCGUGGACUACGGGGCGGUUUCGUAUUCUAACCCCGUGCGGCAGUGCCUCUUCUCUAUCAAGCACUGCCUGAAUGGCGGCGCUCCCAAGGCGCAGGCAGCAGCAGAAGCACUUCAAGAGAUUCUUCCCUCUGCUCGCACGUCUGGCCAUCGCCUCGCCAUUCCCAUGCCAGGUCACCCCGUGUCGCCCUCAGAAGCGCCACGUGUGCAGGCUGACGUGGCAGCCCUGCUGGCACUCAUCCGCCAAUCAGACGCUGUCUUCCUCCUCACCGACACGCGGGAGAGCCGCUGGCUGCCCACCCUGCUGUGUGCAGCCGAGGGGAAGGUGGCCAUCAAUGCGGCUCUCGGCUUCGACUCCUUCCUUGUCAUGCGCCACGGUGCACCGCCGCUGCCUCCGCAUGCCACAUCAGCACCAGCAGUGUCUGAGUCAGCACCAGCAGCGUCUGAGUCAGCACCAUCAGCGUCUGAGUCAGCUCCAUCAGCGUCUGAGUCAGCGCCAUCCAAGCGCCUCGGCUGCUACUUCUGCAAUGAUGUCGUUGCUCCCCUCAAUUCCACGGCCCAUCGCACGCUAGACCAGCAGUGCACAGUCACGCGCCCUGGCCUGGCGGCCAUAGCAGGGGCUCUGGCAGUGGAGCUAUUGGUGGGGCUGCUGCACCAUCCCAUGGGUAUUGCAGCACCAGCAGAAGACACCGCUGCUGAUGGCUUUCCUUCUUCCUCCUCCUCUGCCUCCUCUACCUCUGCCCAUCUCUGCUCGCCUCUGGGCCCACUGCCUCACCAGCUACGCGGAUUCCUCUCCUCCUUCUCCCAGCUGCCCAUCACUGGAUUCGCCUUCCACCAGUGCACCGCCUGCUCCCCCACA